AUGUAUUUGCAAUUUCUCCAAGAGGAGAAAAGAGGAGAAGAGGAACUACCACCUUUUCUGGAAGAGAAGUUGUCCGGCGACCCUGACACGGUGCCCCACGUGCCCUUUCCGAAAAUCUGCCUCCUUUGGUCGGGGGCCGCGGGUGCGACACGCGCGAUACCGCGCGCUCCUUCCGCAUUCGGAUAUCGAGCGAACGAGGCUUUGUGCGAUUCUCGCGCUGUUCCGUGCCGAUCGUGCCUUCAUUUCCACCGUGUCUAUCGUCACGACGGUGUUGACACUCCAGAGUGUGGGUCACCAGGUGAUCAGGUUACGAAAAAAAUUCGGCAACGGAGAAUCGUUACUAGAUUCGCUCAAAUCAAGAUAUUGAAAAUGACUUCGCCGGCGAUCAACAACGGAAACGGCCAAAAAGAUUCGUCGAAAUCGACUUCGAGUGCAACUCUUAAUCAGCCGGCAUCGUCAAACGGCACUCCACAAACGUCAUCUACGUCCACUCCACCGCUGACCGCUUGGUGGCGAGUUUUCAAAAUGGUCAACGUGUUAACGCAUCAGAAUUGUUAAAUAGUCAUAGAAAACAUGUCAAAUUCGAUAUAUCUUGUUUAAGUUCUUAUUCUACUGUUCAGUAAGCGUUAUGGGAACCGUUUGGUCCAUCACACAGGGCGAUCCAUUUGAAUUCAAAACACCUCUGUGAAUUGCUAAAAAAUAAUAAUUUGGCGCUAUUUCAUUUGAUUUGCUGACGAAAAUCUACAAAAAUUCUUUUUUUUUCUUAAUAAGCAGUUAAGAACAAAUUGCUUGUUAAAUAAAAGAAGGUGGGCACUUCCACAAAAACCACAGACACCAUUAGCCAUUAAUUUUGAUAUAUUAAUAAGUACUGAAGUAACUUUUCUCACGUCCUUCGUAUUUGCCGUGUUGUCAGGUUUAUAAUUUUUCUUCUGCCUACGUAAUUUAAAUUAUUUUAAAUUAUUGUUUCCAAAGUUGAUGUUCGGGAAUAACUUUUCUAUAUACCACAAUUGUGAAUCAGGGGGUACUUUCAAUUCGAAUAGGUCAGUGUGUAUGUACAAAUCAAGUUAAAAAAUAUAAUAUAUCAACAAUAACAUUAUUGCUACGUUGUUGCAUAUUUUAAUUUGGUUUAAAGUACAAUAUUUGGUUAGGUAUUUCGUUUUAGGCAGAGCAAUUAUGUAAUAGAUUUUAUUUAUAAUAAUUAAAUUUUUUUUAUGGUAGAACUGCAGAAAUUUGAGCAAAGAUAGUCCUGAUUAGCUAUAGGGUAAAGUAGUAUAAGCAUGAAGAUGAUAUAAUUUUGUUAGCAUAUUUUAAUGUUGUAGAAUUUGUUGUGGACGUUAUUAUUAAAUAAUUGUAGUUUACAUUCUAUAUAAUCUACGCCGGACUACGACCGUAUCCGAUAUGAGAUGUUGUGUGGAUCUAGUCUAAAACAAAAUGAACUAAAAGGUGUGUGGUUAUUUGAAUAAAAAAAAAUUUGAAUCCACCCUCUAUGAAAUUAAUUUUUCCUCUCCAAGCUUUUUACGGAUUGCUACAGCUUUCUGUUUUUAUUUUUUCUAAAAGAUAAUAUAAAGAAAACGCACUUUAUGACAUGGCCAAAGUUGCCCUAUUGACUCUUGGAAAGUAAAUUGAAUAUUGAAAUAAAAAAAUGCGUUUUGCAAGAUAUAGAAUAUAUAUUUUUAGUUUUAAUUUCGCCUCUAGUUCAUAUAACUUAAAAUAAUUUCCAAGAAUAAAAGCGUCUAACAACCACACUUGGAAUUGUUAAUUAUUUAGAUAUUGUUGGUAAUGUUCACCAUCUGUUUAUGGAAACCUGGUGGAGAAAUGUUUGCAAUGCAUUUUUAGCGAUAUUAUUGGGCUAUUACAUAAAAUUGUUA